AUGUCUGCCCUUCCAGGGACUGCGGAAGAGCAGAGGAAUCAAGACGCCUGCACAGGCGUUUCGACCGCCUUCACCGUAGUAUCUGUCACGAUCGUGGCAUUGCGAGUAUAUACGCGUGCUGGGAUCAUCGGCACGUUCGGAAAGGAUGACUUUAUGAUGCUGGGCGCACUGCUAUUCACACUCGCAUAUCUUGUCGAUAUCUUCGUCCUUCGACAGAAUGGAAUGGGCUUCAGUGGAAAGAGAUUGAAUCUCGACCAAAUGACGGGCCUGAUCAAGACCACCCUAUCACUUCAGAUCUUCUACUAUCUUGUAGUCUAUUUCAUCAAGAUUUCCAUUUUGUGCUGUUACUUGCGUAUAGCCGUCGACAAAAGACUUGAGAAAUCGUGCAAGUACACCAUAUACUUGUUGACCGUCUUUGUGGUUAUCUGCAUAAUCGUAUGCGUAACGCAAUGUCUUCCUCUCCACAAGAUGUGGGAUCUCACCGGCCAAGUUCCAGGAACUUGCAUCAACACCACGGCUUUCUUCUAUUCCACAAGCACCUUCAACAUUCUGACCGAUAUCUGGAUCAUCUACCUCCCCAUCAACACACUCCUCAAAAUUCAACGACCACGCCGCGAAAAGCUCGCUUUGAUCUUCGUCUUCAGUCUGGGGGUGUUCUCCUGCAUCGCCUCCAUCGUCCGCCUCCACUCCAUCCGCAUCUACACCGAGUCACCCGACCCAUUCUACGACUCCGUCCCCGUGAACAUCUGGUCCAUGAUCGAGAUCAACAUCGGCAUCUGGUGCGCCUCCAUCCCCGCCCUCAAGGCCCUGUUUAUCCGGAGUCAGAGGGAGAAAAGCAGGGCAGCGACCGGGUACCACUACCACAGCCGCGACAAGUCGAAUAGCAAAGGGGCGACAGCCAAAAUCGGCGCCGGCGCAAGCGAUAGCGAUCGCUCACAAGGCACCGUCAUUGGCCAUGGCGACCGAGACUCCGUCCUCCUCGACAUGAAGCCCAUCGCCUCCGUCGCAAUUGGACCACGGCCAGCGAACUUAGAAACGCAGGCCGAGAGAGACCGCGAGAGGACGGGCAGCGAGGACCGAAUCUACUUCCCAGGCGCGGAUAAUAGGGUAUAA